UCUUUUGAAAAGUGGCAGCCUGUGAGGUGACACGUUGACCGUUGUUGUAAAAUUAAAUUUACUUUAAUUUACAAACAAAAAUGAGUGAAACUCUUCAAUUAAGGGGUAUCCUCAGAGGACACAAUGGAUGGGUCACCCAAAUCGCAACCAAUCCAAAAUACCCGGAUAUGAUACUGUCUUCUUCCAGAGACAAAACCCUCAUCGUAUGGAAACUCACUAGAGACGAUUCCGGCUACGGCGUCCCACAAAAGCGCCUGUACGGUCACUCCCACUUCAUCUCGGACGUGGUGCUGUCCAGCGACGGCAACUACGCCCUGUCCGGCUCGUGGGACAAGACCCUGCGACUUUGGGAUCUCGCCGCGGGCAAGACCACUAGGCGUUUCGAAGACCAUACUAAGGAUGUGCUGUCUGUGGCAUUCUCCGUGGACAACCGUCAGAUUGUGUCUGGCUCUCGGGACAAGACCAUCAAGCUGUGGAACACGCUGGCGGAGUGCAAGUACACCAUCCAGGAUGAUGGCCACUCUGAAUGGGUGUCCUGUGUCCGCUUCUCGCCCAACCAGGCUAACCCCAUCAUCGUCUCUGCUGGCUGGGACCGUGCUGUCAAGGUAUGGCACUUGACCAACUGCAAGCUAAAGACCAACCACCUGGGUCACUCUGGCUACCUCAACACGGUGACGGUCUCCCCCGACGGCUCGCUGUGCGCGUCCGGCGGCAAGGACAUGAAGGCCAUGCUGUGGGACCUGAACGAUGGCAAGCACCUCCACACCCUCGACCACAACGACAUCAUCACCGCCCUCUGCUUCUCGCCCAACAGAUACUGGCUCUGUGCUGCAUUCGGACCCAACAUCAGAAUUUGGGACUUGGAGAGCAAGGAAAUGGUCGAGGAACUCAAAGCUGAAGUUAUUGACAAGCACUCCGCCAACGCCAACCCUGAGCCACCAAACUGUCUGUCCCUGGCCUGGUCUACGGACGGACAGACACUGUUCGCUGGUUACUCCGACAACAUCAUCCGAGUCUGGCAGGUCUCAGUGUCAGCCCGAUAAAAAUCUUGACAGCCAGAAAUAUAUUUAAGAUCUUCAUGAUUACUUAAUUGUAAUAAAUUUUGUAUAUAUAUAAGUCUGUAAAUAAAUUAUAGUAUUGUAAGGCAAUGCUAUUGUUACUGCCCCCAUUUGAAUUUCAAAAGCAUAAAGUAUAAAUAGACUGAUAAAAUCGCAUGCAAAGGUCAAAAGAGUUAUUUAGAUGAAAUCAUUAUUUUGUAAGUACAUGUACUUAGAAACAUGAAAAGUAAUAACUUGAAUAAUAGUUAUGAUUAUUACAGUACGUAUACGUAUACUUACUGUAAUAAAAUACAUUAUCAUAAUGUGUGCUUAUGAAGCAUUCUUUUCCGUGCGCCAGAAGUUGCUUGUAAGACCUCUGACGCACAGACGUAUCAUAGCGAUAAACCCGCCUUUUUGCUCAUCCAGAGUUCAUGUACAUAUAAAACUAUGUUGGAGCACAAUAAAACAUAAUACCUAUUCAUUUACGAAGCAACUGAUGGCA